UCCACUCCCCCUGCCCCAAUGCCCUUUCCCGUAGGGGGGUAUUUCCGUCAGUGGACCUCAUGUGGUGCACUGUAGGCAUUACUUCAGGUUCUUUGCAGCGUGCCUUCGACCCCUAGCUGCAACCACUUUCUUUCCUUUUACUGUACCUCAUAUACUCUUUCUUCAUCUUACUUUCCACCCUCUCCUAACACUAUUCAUAUUGCAACUCCGAGGUUUACCUCCUGUUACACCUUUCAAACCUUUUACUGUCAAUUUCCAUAUCACCGCUGAAUAACCUCAUUGGUCCCAAUGUUUGUCCUUUGGCCUAAAUUCUGUAUUCAACUCGACCCAGUGCCCUUUUCCCCGUUAUGCCGGACCACAAAUGUGCAUCCCGGACAUGUCUCUCUCUCCGUGCCCUCACAGAAAGCGUUUUCUGCCCUCAUGCGGGGGAGUGGAGCAUUAUCCCAUCUCAGUUCACUUCCGGACGCGCCAGAAUUAAACUAAGAAGCCUCCCUCUCUCCCUCCUUCCCCUCGGGUCGUUAAAACCCAUUCAUUCCAUCUUACUCCAAGUUCUGACGUCUAAGGCCAUCACUCGCUUUCCUCGCUCCCUCGCCGUCUAGUCAGAGAUCUAUAGGUCUAGGCUCCCUCUCCCUCUCCAUCCUCAACGAGUCCCCCACAUGUCUGUCUGUAGCGACACGAGCGCGUUCUUGCGACCCCCAAUGUCUCAUCUCCCCUCUGUGUGCCCCACGACAGCUUCUAUCUAGGCGACCAGAUGGGACAACCCUAUAUAUAACUCUCAGGCGACGAACGCACUCACUAGCAGUACCCAGGUCAACGACCUCUCACCGGGAGAUCAGACCCUGUCACGAAAAACGGCCGAGUUCCUUCGUCGAAUGGCUAGUGAUGAUGGCUUCCUUUAACGAUGUUGGAUCCGUACCCGAUGCUUCUGGAAACAGGUCGAUGGAAAACCAUGCUACCUGCAAUAAUAUUGCCAUUUUCCAAAGAUAUUUGAUACAGAAGUUGUUGCAUCAUAACCCGUGGUGGCUAAAGGACGCGCCGGAAUGGUGUAGGGACAAGAGAAUUCCAAACGAGACUAUGGCUGUGAAAGCAGCUGAAUUCUCAAAGAGUAUUCAGGAAUUCAUGCAAGCACCUGAUACCGUAGAUUGUCCCAUGGAUAUAUCAGUGAGUGAAACCUUUGGAAGGCAUCUGGUAGCGACGAGGGACAUCCUUCCGGGAGAACUGCUUUUAAUAGAGCCACCUGUAGUCUUGACUGUUAGGCCAAGGUCGCCGCCAUACUGCACCUUGUGCUUUAAAAGAGCCGAGCAAUUCACGUGUCCUUCCUGCGGCUUCUUCCUCUGCGGCCCCGAGUGCAUGACGGACGAACACAAAGACGAGUGCUUGCUUCUACAGCGUUUCGGGUUUGCCGAAGCAGAGAGAGAGAAACUGCAAGACGAAAGGCUUCUGUGGGAUCGCUUGUCAGCCAUGCCUCCGGAACAGCAAGAACAAGCUCGGGUCCUUCUGAAGCAAGCGCAAGAAUCUUCUCUCUUACAGAGGCGAUUCAACAUUUUGCAACAGUACACCGUAGUGCCUUUGAUAAAGACUCUUGUCAUGAUGAAUCGCAGCGAACUGUUACGUGAUGUGACAUUGACCUUGCAGGGGAAUUGCACUGAAAAUUCGCAGCGAUAUAGAAUUAACCAGCGAUCCAUUGUUGAUGUUGCUUUAAACAAACUGCAAGUCCCCAUCGAUAAAUCGUUAGGACACCAGAUAUGCUCCAUCUGGGACACAAAUGGCUUUGAGGUUCCGCUGAUAUGGGGCACUCGUGUUCAUGGCCUGUAUCCAUUUGCUUCUCUGCUGACUCACAAUUGUCGUUCCAAUACCCAGCAGUGGUUUACAAAUUAUGGAGGUCUGGCACUUCGAGCCGUUGACCACAUACGAAUGGGUGAAAUUCUGACCACGUGUUAUACUGACCCCCAAUGGGCCACUAUGCUUCGUCAAGAUCACCUUAGGGUCUCCAAACAAUUCACCUGUACCUGUAGAAGGUGUAAAGACAGAACCGAAUUUGGAACAUUCCUAGGGUCACCUUUGUGUUCGAGUUGUCCGGGGCUAAUGGUAUCCUCAGAUCCUACGGAUCCUAAGGCUCACUGGUUUUGUAAUAAAGGAUGCUCGCAGACAGCAACUGCAGGGGAGGUAUCAAGAGUGGCAAGCGUGGGGUCAAGCAUAGCGACUGAUUUGAAGGGACUGGACCCAACUGACAUCCGGGCCAUUGAUGGUCUCGCUGACAGGCUGCAAAAGAAGGUGCACCCAACACACCACGUCCUGUUCCAGUUGCACGUCUCCAACCUGAGAAACCUGGCCUCCAGGGAUGUUUCUGAACUGUCGGAAGAAGAACUGGUUCACCUGUCUAAUAUGGCAGCGAUUGUGAUGGACGUUGUGAGGCGGAUUGAAGCUCCAUUUGCACGCCUCAGAAUUCGGAUGGCUCGGGAGGAUAUACGGCUGCGCCUCGAAUCUCUGAAACGAUACAGAAAAUGUAAUCCCAAAAUAAAAGAACAGCUGCAGGCACUUGCCUCACAGGUGCAGGACUGCGACUUUGUGCUUGGAUGGGACGAGCGUGUGCCGAACUUUAAACCAGUGGUGCAGGAAUACCAGAACCUCUUGAACGAUGCUCUAUGAAGAUCGUUGGUGCCGUGGUUGUUCCGGCUCCUAUCCUGUCGCUUCGUCAGAUAUACUAGAAUAGUAUAGAGGGUUUUUAAUAUUUGUUGAUUUCAAUAAGAGAAUAUGCAUAGUGAGAGUUGCUUCUGUGACUUUGGCUUUGUUAGACUUAGUAAUUUGGUAGAUUUUUUUAUAAUCGCUUAAUCCAAUAAAUUCAAAGAGACACCUUUAUUUUUAUUAAUUUUAUGUAUGGGAAGAUCAAGGCCAAUAUAGUACCUUGGGGAAGAUGUACUCUAGUCUUUGCGUAAUGUUACAGUUUUUGUCUUGUCUUAUAAAAGUCGGGAUAUGUGUAUGAUUUUGUAUUGCAAGCUUGAUUGCCUGAUAAAGUGUCGUUUUGGAAA